AUGCAGAACCUCACGCCGUCCGCGGCCGCCGAUGAUCCAUCCGCUCGCAGAGCUUGCGACCAAUGCCGUCUUAGAAAGAUUCGCUGUGACAAAGAGUGGCCGUGUUCCAACUGCAGAACAGCGAACCGUACCUGCACGUCUACUGGUGCUGGGCAACGACCAAAGGAGCCGCGACAACGUGUUCUAAUAUCAUCACAAUACGAGAGAAAGAUUGACCAGAUCGAAACACGCCUGGGCAGCAUCGAAGGUAUCCUCAAGAACGUUUUAAGUUCUCUAGCCACAGAUGCCUCCAAGUUUAUACAUACGCCGGCAACAACAGCAACAGACUUCAACAUCCAAACCACCUCGUCCAACGCCGACUAUGACAGUGCCAGUGAAGAAUCGGCCCUUGGCGGCGACUCGGGGCUCACCGUGCACACCGCCUUUGCAAGCGAGUUCCUCGAGCGUGCCGUUAAGAGAGCGCCUCUUAGAGCUCUGGACCCUAAGAUGGAAAGUGCUCUCGCCAAUCUCCGCCAGCUCGUCGAGAUGCAAAAGAAGCGUUCGAUAAGCCAUGGGCCUCGCUUCCCGUUGCAGCAGCCUGUUCCUCCAGGGGGCGUGAGCAAGCUGGCGAUGCCACCGCAGGCAACUGUGGCUGCUCUUCUGAGACAUGUCAAGACCGCACCUCCCACCUUUUUUACCAUCCUCUGCACUCUAGUCGGCAUAAAGGACUUUUCAGAGCUCUGCAGCGCCGUCUAUUUCCCUACCGAGGACUACCCCGACGCAACUUUUGCCGUGGUCAAUGCCAUGUUGUAUAACCUCUUCGUAGAGCAACACUCGCUGGCGAAAGAGGAAGCGGUGCGUGAAGAGUACAGCAAGUACGUCAUCAUCUGCAAGACAAAUCUGGAGACGACGCUGGCCAACUUUCCGCUGUUCUUGUCGCCAAAGAUUGAGAAUGUGCAGGCAUUGCUUCUUGGGUGCCUCUAUGCCAUCGACGUCUCCAGACCCUCUGUGGCCUGGCAUCUCAUCACAAUGGCAGCCUGGCUAUGCCAAGCAGGCGGUUACCAUCGAACAGAGUCGCUUAGAAACGACCCUCCGCUGGUUGCGCGGCAAAAGAAGAUUGUCUUCUGGCACGUCUACACCUUGGACAAGGGCUUGGGCCUGAGACUUGGACGAGCGUCGGUGAUUGCAGAAUGUGACAUUGAUAUUCCACGCGAGUUUGAAGUGAAUGGCUUUGAUCAUCUAACCUCGACUACGUUCCCGACCUUGUGGGUCAAGAUAAGCAGCUUACAGAGCCGGAUUUACGAACAGCUAUACAGCCCGGUUGCCCUAGCAAGUCCUCAGGCUGAUUUGGUCCAACGUGCCCAGGCUCUGGCUGCCGAAAGCAGCAAGCUGGAGAUUGAGACGGACGAGACGCGCGAAAAGGUCUACACGCUUCUGAAAUCGAUAGGAACUUCGGAAGUUGUAGAUGUCUUUAUCAAAGGCGACGAAGUGCAAUUCUACGUCACCAAGACGCUCAUCUAUCGAGUUAUACCGGCUCCAGAAGGGUCCAUUACUCGAUUUUGUGACGAGUGUCUGGAUGCGGCACGCCAUGCCAUGAAGACGCACCAAGAAUGCGUUGUGUUCAUGGAUAUCAGCACUUAUAUGCGAUCCAUGUAUAUCCACUGGAACCUUCUUCUUACACCCUUUGCCCCAUUUUUUGUCUUAUUCUGCUAUGUUAUCGAAACAUCUUCACUUGCAGAUCUUAAAGUUCUCCAAGACUUUGUCGACUCACUCGAAGGGGGAAGAGGGCUCUCAGAGCCCAUUGACAAGCUCUACCUGCUUUGCAAAGUCAUGUUUGAUAUCGCCAAGCUGUACGUGGAAGCCAAGACUCAGCAGCAGCAAGACGAAAACUCCAUCUUUAUUGGAGACGAGUUUGAGAUGUACCUAAGCCAACUGGGUUUCAUCCCUAAUGAGGAUCAGGUCAUGGCCAAUGCCAGCACCAACGAUGCUGGUGUGCCGGCGCAAGGCAGUGGGCAGGUAUCGCAGUUGGCAGAUUGGUUCUUUGGCAGUCGUAACAUGAUUGGCUUAUUGGAAGAGGACCUCUCUCAGAUAGACUCCCAUAGGUGGAUGCAGCCUGAUGAGAUGUAG